CCAGACGUGUGACCGCAUCAAGCAGUCGGCGGCGGGGACCAAGCGCCGCGUCUUCAUCAUCGAGACCAUGGGCGGCUUCUGCGGCUACUUGGCCACCAUGGCGGGGCUGGCGGCCGGCGCCGACGCCGCCUACAUCUACGAGGAGCCCUUCAACAUCCGCGACCUGCAGGUCAACGUGGAGCACCUGACGGAGAAGAUGAAGACGACGGUGCAGAGGGGGCUGGUGCUCAGGAACGAGCGGUGCAACGACAACUACACCACGGACUUCAUCUGCAGCCUCUACUCCGAGGAGGGCAAAGGGGUCUUCGACUGCAGGCAGAACGUCCUGGGGCACAUGCAGCAGGUGGGGGGACCCCCCACGGCCCUGGGGAAGGG